AUGAGUUUCUGCAAACUGGUUUCCUUUGUUUUGAUCCUUCAUUUACUCAAUUCUUGUCUUAUUUCAUGUUCUUCUUCUUCCUUAACCUCUGAUGGGUUAUCUCAAAUCCCUCAAAAGUUUCUUACUUUGGCUAAAAGAGAUGACAUUUUCAACUGGAUGGUGGGGAUCAGAAGGAAAAUCCAUGAGCAUCCUGAAUUAGGUUACGAGGAAGUAGAGACAUCUAAGGUCGUCAGGGCGGAAUUAGAUAAGAUGGGUGUGUCUUAUGACCAUCCAGUUGCGGUAACUGGUGUUAUUGGUUCUGUCGGAACUGGUCAGGCCCCCUUUGUUGCAUUGAGGGCAGAUAUGGAUGCACUUCCUAUGCAGGAAAUGGUGGAAUGGGAGCACGCGAGUAAGAUUCCAGGGAAGAUGCACGCUUGUGGACAUGAUGCUCAUACUACAAUGCUCCUUGGUGCUACAAAAUUGCUCAAAGAACACGAAAAAGAGCUAAAGGGUACAGUGAUUCUUGUUUUCCAACCAGCUGAGGAAGGAGGAGCAGGUGCGAAGAAAAUCGUGGAGGCUGGAGUAUUGAAGAAAGCGAGUGCAAUCUUUGGUAUACAUGUUACAAAUCUAUUGGGAUUAGGUAAAGUGAGCUCAAGAGCACGUCUUUUAAUGGCUGGUAGUGGCCGUUUCGAAGCUAAGAUAAGCGGUAGAGGAGGUCAUGCUGCUCUUCCUCAAUUCGCCAUAGAUCCGGUAGUGGCAGCUUCAAGUAUUAUCUUAAGCUUACAACACAUUGUUUCACGAGAGGCAGAUCCUUUAGACUCACAGGUGGUUACAGUUGCUAAAUUUGAAGGCAGUGAUGCUUUUAAUGUCAUUCCAGACUCUGUUACUAUUGGUGGCACAUUUCGAGCCCUUAGUAACGAAAGCUUUUGGAAACUCAAGGAAAGAAUUGAGCAGGUUAUCACAAGCCAAGCGAGCGUGCAUAUGUGUAGUGCAACAGUGGAUUUUCUUGAAGAAAAUUACCCGUUUUUUCCACCAACUGUUAACAACGAAGCCUUGCACCAAUUUUUCAAGAACGUAUCAGUUGAUUUGGUAGGGAUUGAGAAUUACAAUGAGACGCAACCGGUGAUGGUAUCAGAGGAUUUCGCCUUCUACCAAGAGGCGAUGCCGGGACAUUUUAGCUUUGUUGGAAUGCAAAAUGAAGCUCAUUCGCCGAUGGCGAAUCCUCACUCUCCGUAUUUUGAAGUUAAUGAAGAAUUACUACCUUACGGUGCUUCCCUUCUUGCUUCCAUGGCCACAAGGUAUCUUCUUGAGUCGUCUUCAUUGCCAAAUAAGAGUUACAAAAAUGAUGAACUUUGA